AUGGGAAGGCAUGUUCCAGCAGUGUAUCUCUGUAUUCAGGGUCAAAGGUCAGGAUCAACUAAAUACAGGAAAAGCCUGGGAAAAUGUGGCCAUUACAUUAUCUAAGGGAGAGAAGAGCAUCAUUGAAAUCCAUAAAAAUCCAAACAAUAAAAUUAAGAGGAUCCUAAACUUGGCUGAGGAGUUGGAAACCAUUCCUCCACACAAUAAAGGGAGGUUAACGGUGGAGUAUUACAGAGAGAUUAGGCAGUACCUACACAAAGCAUUUGACCUACCUUUUCACCCUCUGGGUAAACUUAUGGAGGGGCUGGUGGAUGUCUUUAGGGCCGCAUAUAUUGGGGUGGGGGCACAUCCCAGGCUGCUGGACCAUGCUGUGAAUGAGAUCACUUCAUUUGUUUCUCGUCUAUAUAAGUGUGUCAGGAUCCUGUUUCCUGACCUGCCUGAAAACGGAGGACCUAUUCUUAUCGAGCCUGAGACAUCAGAGGAAAGGACAGAAAGGGAGAUGACUCCUGAGGAAGACAAGUCAAUGGUUGUAAGCUGUGGCACUCUUAUUCAUCCAAUCCUCCUGCCCAAGAUUUAUCCUCCCUUGUUUGAUCUGUAUGCACUGUACAAUGAUAAGGAGAACGAGAAGUAUUGGGAGAGAGUACGGAAGUUAAACAAACAGGGCGAUGUGGGAUUGAUGGCAUUCCUAGGGAUUGACCAGAAAUUCUGGCUCCUUGAUGCAUUGCUGCAGGAUAAAUCAAAAAGUCUGUCUGUCUUGAGGAAUCACUGUUAUCUCUCCUGUAUAGAAACUCUUCAACACAUCAG